AUGGAGGAAGCACGAUUAUGUGGCCCGUCGGUACCUGGAGAGGCGCUUAAGAAUAUGCGCGGGUUAGAAAUCGUGGAGAUAUGGGAAAUAACAACGGCAAAAGUUGACUGGUUCUGCCGUAUCCCAAGCUCCAUGGCAAAAACCCUUGCACGACUCACGAACCUCAAAGCCCUUUCACUGAGUCCCGAAAUAGCAUCGACCGAACAUGAUAUCAUGGCCUUGACAACGGUGAAGAACCUUCAACACUUAAAAAUACAAUUGACUUUGCGAAGCUUGGUCAUCCUGGACCCCGAUGAUCGGGACGGAAUUGACAGUGAUGAGCUCGACGAUGACGGGGGUUACAUUUCUACGUUCCUCGAUGAUUGGGAGAGAGAACUUGGUUCUGACAACCAGUCACCAUAUUUCCCCGCUCUGCAGUCUCUGAAGCUGAAUGGCAUGUCGAGUGAAGACGAGGGCCUGAAGCAACGCGAUAAAGGCCUUCUGCCCGAACCAGUGCAACAAGCGAUCUCGGAGCAUAAAAAUUUAACCAGACUGACUGUGCAGUCCCAAGACUCUGAAUAUAGGAGGCACAUGGAACCUUAUUUCUCACCAAAAGUCAUCGCAAGCAUCGUCCGAAUAGGGGAAGCUCUAGCCCACGCAAGGAACCUCACGACCAUAUCUGUUACGCAAGGCGGGAAAUCCAGGGGAAUGAUCGAGCCCCGUGAGCUUGUGAACGGAAUUCUCAGGGGUAUUCUUCACGGUGGAGGCGGUGGUUUUGCUGCCCAUGGACAGUUUCGUUGGGGGGAUCACAGUAAGCUCCGGCGAAUCAUCACCGAUCGAUUGUUUCCUCUGCAUAGGCACACUUUCGAAAUCGUCUCUUGGGUCCCGGAGGAUGGGGAAUUUUGGAAGCCUUCCGGUAUCCCCGGCCUCCAGGAUACGGAGCCCGGGGUUUCGUUUCGAGAUUUGACGCGAUUGUUGCUUCCCGAGGAUGGUAAACUUUCCUUUGAGUGUGACUGGGUAGAUGAAGUCGCUCGCGACAUGAUCUAG